AUGUUUCAGUGGAAGGACGAUGAGGAGGACGAGUGUGACAUGUAUGAAGUGCCCCCCUGUGAACGUCCAACUGUCAGCGUUCCAACAAGACAAGUGGAAGAGAAUCUCUAUAUUGCACCUGAGGUCGACAGGAACGAGAAACCCGACAGGAAAAAGAUGGCGACCCUUCCUGCUCGAUUUCUCACGUCUACCAUGGAGGAAGGGCGAACUGCCAAACAAUCAGGGAAUGAGGACAGAGAAUGGUUUGCUGGUGAUUGUAACAGAAAAUCAGCAGAGGAUCUCUUACUAGCAGUCAAUAAGGACGGCACUUUCCUCAUCCGACACAGCUCAGCCCAGAACGCCCGACAGCCUUUCACCCUCGCAGUGCUCUACCAGCAGAGAGUCUACAACAUUCCUGUCCGCUUCCUGGAAGAGAUGCAGGGCUUUGCACUGGGAAAGGAAGGCAAGAAAAGUGAAGAGGUUUUCAACAGCUUGGAUGAGAUGGUGAUGCACCACAAGAACCAUCAGCUCUAUCUGAUUGACAGCAAGAGCCAGGCCAAGCAUGCCGUUUACUUAUCUGAUGCCGCACGCUUCCGUUCUAUGCCUGAAGGUGUGGACCCUCUCCACACACUCGCCAUUGAUGUACAGGGGCUGCGGGUCGGUGCUGCUCCUCCUGAAGUCCAUGAUGACCUCUUUGGUUUGGUGGUGUUCAGGGCCAGGUUGUUGUCUGAGCACCAGACUGAGAGUUUGUGGACUUGCUCUCUGUAG